AUGGGUAUUCAGUUACAUAAGGAGGUCUACACAUACAAAAUGUCUCAUCGAGUGUGGCCCACGUUUCAAGCAACAAGAAACGACGGUUCGUUGGUGAAGUUGCGCAUUCAGGAUUUACCCGAAAACCGGAUCGACGAAGCCGUACAUUUGUAUAUACAAUAUUACAUUCACGACGAAACACUUUUGAAAAUGGCAGGUAUUUCACAAAAUCCAAAAGCGGUAAAGGAAUACGAAUUACUAAUAAGUGAAUUAAUUAAAGAUCCUGCUUCGCUUAGUAUGAUAUGUUGUGAAGACGACGAAAACAGUAAUGUUCGACAAAUAGUAGGCGUUUCCAUGAUGUCGUUGAUUACAGUGGAACGGCGGGACUUAUUUAGAAAGCUACAGCCAGAAACCGAUGAGAUGCGACUAUAUUUACAAUGGGAGAACAUAUUUAAUUUUGAUUUGAUUAAACAUAUGAAGGACCAGCAAAUUGAUUCCUAUUACGACGACAUAGGUCUGAUUGUUCAUCCGCGAUUCAGAAAAUUAGGAAUAGCGACGGAAUUCGCAAGGGCGAGACGCUGGGCAUGUGUGGCACAAAAUGUCGCCGCUGCCAGUGCUGUGGUGACGUCUAUAGGCACUAAGAAGAUUGCCAAGAAAGACCACUGGAGUACCGUGAAGGACUUCAAUCUAGAUGACCUAGGACAACGCUACGGCGUUACUUGCGAAGAAGGUGCGACAGUCAGAGUGGUCUACUGGAAGAACCCAGAAUAUAAACAUAAUGAAAUUGAGAAAUAA